GUGCGGCUGGUAACACUACAAGACAAAACAAAAGAGCUGCUGUCAUAUAAACAUUCAAAACAUCGUUAGUUUUUUUGGUGUAAAACCCAUAAGGAAAUCAAAGGUGAAGAGACUCAAAUUCAGUUGGGACGAGCUGUCAGCCAAAAAAAACUGCCUAUACUGGAAAUAUCUGUGCCCUGAGUUGGAAUUUCUGCUACUAAUCCAUCAGCAUUUAUCCGAGAGAAUGGAAACAAACGGCACUUUAUAUGGGGCUAACAGAGGAUUGUCAGAUGACGAGGACUUAAAUUUCAUACUUAAAGGCAGCGAGCUCUUCAAACUGAAGUCCGAGUCAUGGAGGAAAUCGAGGUUCUACAAGCUUCAGGAAGACUGCAAGACUAUCUGGCACGACUCCAAGAGAAUCCUGAGGUCCGGCACCCAGACAUUCUGCAUAGAUGACAUUCAGGAUGUGCGGAAGGGACAACAAACAGAGGGAAUGCACAAGUAUGCUAAGGAUCUCCCAGCCAAUCGCUGCUUUUCUAUCAUCUUCAAAGGUCAAAGGAAGAGCCUCGAUCUGGUCGCCAGCACUGAAGAAGAAGCCAGUCACUGGACCACUGGCUUGUCUAAAAUCAUUAGCAACUCUAAAGCUAUGAGCCAAAAUCAGAAGUUAAGACACUGGAUUCACACCUGUUUACGGAUAGCUGACAAAAAUAAGGACAACAAGAUGAACUUAAAGGAACUGAAAAACUUCUUGCAAGAAGUGAAUAUUCAUACGGACGAUAACUACGCCCGGACAAUAUUCCAAACCUGUGACAAAUCAAAUUCUGGCUACUUGGAGGAGGAUGAAAUUGAAGAGUUCUACAGGAUAUUGACUACGCGAGAAGAGAUAGAUGUUAUAUUCAAUACAUACACAGACCCAAACGGGUUUAUGUCCUUGAAGGGCCUUUCCAAAUUCCUAAAACUGGAGCAGCAAGAGGAUGUGAACGAGGAUCGCGUUAGAGAGCUCAUACAAAAAUAUGAACCAAGUGAAAUAGGGAAAAAAAAUAAUGUCAUGUCCAAAGAUGGAUUCUUCAUGUUUCUUCUGUCAGAAGAUGGCAACAUAUUCAACCCAGAUCAUCAAAGAGUUUACCAGGAUAUGACUCGGCCCCUUAGCCAUUACUUAAUCUCUUCAUCACACAAUACUUACCUGAUGGAAGACCAGCUGGCAGGCCCGAGCAGUACUGAGGCCUAUAUCAGAGCUUUUACAAAAGGCUGCCGGUGCGUGGAACUUGAUUGUUGGGAUGGUCCAAAUAAUGAGCCAGUUAUUUAUCAUGGGUACACACUAACUUCCAAGAUCCUCUUCAAAGAUGUCAUUACAGAAGUUAAGAAAUAUGGGUUCAAGACCUCUCAGUAUCCUAUUAUACUCUCACUGGAGAACCACUGCUCGCUAGAGCAACAGAAGGUUAUGGCCAAUCAUAUGAAGAGCAUUCUGGGAGAUAUGCUUCUGACAGCGCCACUAAAUGGGAAGAUACAGGACUUCCCGUCUCCAGAGGAACUAAAAGGUAAAGUUUUGGUGAAAGGUAAAAAACUGAACCGACUAGAGGACAGUAUAAGGAGGUCGGAGAGCGAAACGAACUCAGAGGCUGCAGAAGUAUCAGAUGAAGACGAAGCUGCAGAUAUGGAUGAUGAAACUGUAAAAUCUAAAGUGCAGGAUAAGAAAAAGGGAGCAACGUUAAAACUUGCCAAAGAGCUAUCUGACACCGUUAUCUACUGUAAGAGCGUGCACUUCCGUGGCUUUGAAUACGCAGUAGAACACCAGUCUUUCUACGAGAUGUCGUCACUUACGGAGAGCAAAGCAGUUAGGCUAGCUGAGUCAGGAACCAGCUUUAUUAAACACAAUAUAAAACAGCUGAGUAGAAUCUAUCCUGAUGGCAAACGGACUGACUCUUCCAAUUACAACCCUGUGGACAUGUGGAACGUGGGCUGCCAAAUUGUGGCUUUAAAUUUUCAGACGCCAGGCGAAGAGAUGGACGUGUACCAGGGGCGAUUCAGAGAUAACGGCUUCUGUGGAUAUGUGCUGAAGCCACAGUUCCUCAGGGACAAGCAAACUAAAUUCAAUCCAAAAUCUAUUCAGCCGGGAGAGUGGUGGACACCCAAACAGCUUCAUGUCAUGGUGAUCUCAGGUCAACAGCUGCCAAAAGUCAAUAAGAAAAAAAGCUCCAUUGUGGACCCGAUAGUCUCAGUAGAGAUUUAUGGAGUUGCCCGAGACAAAGACAAGAAGAAGACGUCACAUGUUGAUGACAAUGGUUUUAAUCCAUCAUGGAAUGAAACAUUUGUGUUUGACAUUGAUGUACCAGCCCUGGCAAUGGUCCGGUUCCUGGUGGAAGACUACGAUGCAUCUUCAUGGAAUGAUUUUGUUGGACAAUACACAGUACCGCUGACAAGUUUACAGCUGGGUUAUCGGCACAUCCAUCUGUUGACAAAAGACGGGGAUCAACAUUCUUCUGCUACUCUGUUUGUGCACACGAUGAUCACAGAAGCUAAAAACACUUAAUCUGGACAAAACAAGGACUAAAAACUCCCAAUUCUUUUAACACUUGAUUUAUUUUAUUUUUUUAACUUUUUUAUUAUAUAGGUCAGAACUAUAACAAAUCUAGGGAAAGGCUGUCAUUUGUGAAAAAAAACAAACAUUUUUUUUUCUUUUAUAUUUUUAACGUAUCAUUUUAGAUAUUUUUAUUUAAUUUUUUUUAUUUUUUUAGAAUGGUAGGAUAUGAUUAGCAUCAUUGCAUUUUACCUAAUAUUGACUUGAAUGGUGCUACAUUAAUAUCCUUCUGAAAGACCCUCAAAGGAUUGUAUUGGUCUUCUGGAAGCCAAAGUGUUAACAGUUUGUCAUUAUUGAACAUACAGUGGAGUUUUCAUUUAAAAGUAAAUUUGUAUGUACCUGGGGCCAAGUGCUAAAGACAUGUCAUGAAUAUACGUAUAUACAUAUAUAUAUAUAUUUAUACAUUUUUAGAUUAACAUAAAGUAAGUUAUCUUCCAGUACUAACCCAACUUGCAGGAUGUUUCCCACUAUAAUGGGUUGACGUCACUGUAGUAGGAAAACAGGCUAGGCUUUUUAACUGUAAAAAGCAAAAAGCCUGAUAUGACACUACUGUCCUAUAUGUGCCUUAUUGUAAACUAUGUAUACAGGGAUAAAAGCAACACCAACAGAACUGUGGUGGAAAACCUUUAGACACACCAGAUAGGUUUAACGUUCUUUUAUGAUGAUACUGUAGAUUUUUACUGUUUUUAAAAAGCAAGUUCGUUCAUAUCUACCUACAGCUCUAAGAUAACAUAGUAGUUGAUCUUAUAGUAUAUAGUGUUUGCUAUUACACUUUAUGUAGCCUGAAUAGCAAAUGUAAUAUGAAAUUGUACAUCUGACAUCUCUUGUGAAAUGGGAACGCUCACAGCUGUAUUUCACAAUAAGAGAUAGGAAUAGUAUACAUAUUAGCCGGAGUAAGUCCAUAUCUACAGACACUUAACAGGAUCGCUAACAAAUUAUAUUUCAAGUAGUCACAAAUUCCAUUAAAGUGUAUUUAGGCAAUAUCAAAUCUAUUUUGUUAGAGUUGAUGGUUGUACAGUGUAGGCCAUAGAUUGAAGGAAAUAACCUCUGCUAUGAGUUGCAAAAAUAUGUUUAUACUUAUUUUUGCUUGCCCCUGUAAAUCUAUAAAUACAAUCCACUUAUUGUUUCCAAGUGCAGAAGUAUUUCCUACAGUUUUGUCUAAAAAAAAAAAAAAAAAGUCUGAUGUUGGCUGUAAAAUCACAAUUCUUCAGGACGGGGAGUCUUUGAGAAGCAGUUUUUCUCUCUAAGGUUGUCAUUGAUCUCCUGACUGUUGGCAGAGCUAAUAACUUAUAUUACAAAGCAGUUUGCUCAGUCUAGGGGGUUAACAUCACUAUUGUUUUACAAGAUGAAGCGCCCAUGAGGGAAGAUAUAUAUUUUUACAAAGGUAUCAUAUGGCACUUGAAAAUAAUUAAAGGGACGUGAAGCCCAACAUUUUUCUUUUAUGAUUCAGAUAGUGAAUACAAUUUUAAACAACUUUCCAAUUUACUUCUAUGGUCAAAUUUGCUUCAUUAUCUUGGUAUCCUUUGUUAAAGGAGCAGAAAUGCACUACUGGGAGCUAGCUGACUACAUCUUGUAAGCCAAUAAAUAAAGGCAUGUAUGUGAAGCCACCAAUGAGCAGCUACCUGCAUUGCUGCUCUUUAGCCUAUCUAUGUAUGCUAUUCAACACAGGAUACCAAGAGAACAAAACAAAUUAGAUGAUAGAAGUAAAUUGGAAAGUUGUUUAAAAUUGUAUGCUCUAUCGGAAUCGCGCAGGAAAAAUGUGUGGUUUCAUGUCCCUUUAAAUAUGAUGUGUGGUUUAAAUAUCACAUUUUCCUUUGGUUUAUUUCAUUCUUCUGUGUAUAAUUCAAAUAUUCAUGAUCAAACUAUAAUUUUAAUUAGGUAAAAAAAAUAGUUUUUAUUAUUUUAAACAGUAUAUUCAAAUAAUCAAUAGAUUUGUUAGCAUUAUUACUCCAUAAUAUGAAGUGAUAUAAAAAAUAAUAUCCUUUUGAUAAUAUACCCCAAAGCCAUUAAUACAUUUCCAAAUUUUAGUUAUUUUAUUUCUGUUUUUAAAUUCUUAUAUUUUAUCCUUUUUAUAUAUUUAGAUUAUUUCCAACCCAAUAUAAAUGUAAUUUGAUAUCAAUUUGAAACAAGUGUUGUCUGGGUAUGUUCUUAGUAUUGUUAUUUUUAUUUUUUUUAUUUUUUGAGCUAUGAGUGACUGUCAGCCUGUUCUGCGCUGCAGUAUUAAAAGUUAAUUUAAAUUUUAUUUGUAGUUUGAUCAUGAGUUAUCACUUGGACUACAAAACUCAUUAAAACAAAAAACACAACAGUUUAGAAAGUUGCUGAGAAAACACUACACAUGACCAUAUACUGUAAUCACAUGACCAUAUACUGUAAUCACAUGACCAUAUACUGUAAUCACAUAAUUUAUUUACUUUAAAUAUUUAAUUGCAUCUGGUUUUCGCUACAUUAUGUAAUUUCCUCUUCAUUGUCACACAGUUCUAUCUCUUUUAUUUUAUGCUUUUAGAUCAAUAGCAACACAGAAUAAUCCCAAUGAAUUAUUGUUUGGUAAUAAUCGCAUCCGUCUGAUAAAUACUUAUAUAAUGAUUAAAUCGCUUCAGAAUUUAUCUGAAAUAUUUGUAGAUGUUAAAUGGUCGAUCGUACAGUUAAAGGGACUAAAUAUUUUUUAUUUAGACAAAACACUUAGCAAUUCGCUUUUAUCUCUGAAAUACUUUUUAAAAACCAUAGCUCCUUUUCAUAAAAAGAUACCUAGGUAAGUUCAGCAGUGUGUGUUUGUCUUGAGCAUUAGGUGGUAACAGUGUUUGUAACAAUGUUAUAAAUUCAGUGCUUAAAGGGAUAGGUUAAAAUUGUAAUGUGCAUGGGUGCAUUUCAAUUUUAAAUAUCAUUUUUGCUGCAAUAUGUGUCCAUUAGAAAAAUGCUUCUAGUAAAUAUUAUUACUGGUCUCCAGCGGGAUACGUAUAUAUGCUACAAGGGUCAGAUACACCUCCACCACCAGAUCUCUGAGCUUGAAUACUGGUACACAGGCCCUCGCAGCAUAUGUGCAUAUGCCACCGAAAAAAAGGAAUAACUUUUACUAGAAGCAUUUUUGCUAAUUGAAGUAUAUUGAAACCAUGAUUCUAUUUAAAAUUGAAAUGUAGUCAUACGCAUUUCAAGUUUGACCUUUCUAUCCCUUUAAGACACAUGCACACUGAUGAGCAUACUUUAGUAUGCUCUUGAGAAAGGAUAUCAAGAGAAAAGGUAAAUAAGAUGGUAGGUGUGAAGUGUUUUUGUUUGUUUUUUUAAAACGUACACUCUGUAAGAAUCUGGAAAAGGGUACAUUUUUACUUCCAUGUCUUUUUUAGUUUGUUCGUGCAAAUAGAAUCUAUUUGUGUGAUGAUACUGUCUUUCUACACCCAAAAUAUUAAAUGUUGUAAUUUGUAAAUUCAUUGUUUAUAGUAAAACAACAUUAUAGAGUAUUUACUGUGAAUUAUCUCUGAUUAUUACCUCUUAUUGUUUCUUCUAUAAAUAAUAUUUCUAGUUAUUAACCAGAUACAUCCAGUCUAUUUUACAGCUUACUGCUAUAUAUGUGCCUUUAAAUUAUUAAUUAUCCAGCAGCCAUAUUGCAAUAGGAUACAUUUGUCCAUGUUCACUACAUUUUGACUAUUGCUAAAUCAAAUGCCUUACCUAAAUGCUUAGCUAAAAGCUGUCUUCCUAUGCAAAUACGUGCAAUCUGUUUUAAUACGUUAAUAUUUUAUGGAAUACUGUUUUAUAGUUUAUGCAUUUGUAAAAUUCUUAAACCUGUAGCUAAAAGCAUGUUAUGAUCCAAUGUUCAUUUUUUAUUUUUUAUUUACCUGAAUAACAAAAUUCUGCCUGUACUAAUUUGCCUGUUUGUUUGACAUUAGAGUUUCUGUUCUGAGGUAGUUUACCUAUGUUUUGCAAAUAAAACGUAUCAGGCAUGUUA